UGAACGCAGACGACUUCCUGUGUUCAGGAGUGUGAUAUAGGAGUGUGUCUCUGUCCCUUACACACACACACACACACACACACUCACACUGUAGGACAGUGUAACCGGAUCUACACGUUUAUCUCCUGUGUUUCUGAGCCUGAAGUCUGAUGUGAUGGAAACACUGUAGUUAUCUGGAACAGACAAAACUAAUAAACCAGGAGCGCUGGAUUACAUACAUGUGUGUUAUUGUAAGGACUGCGAUGGUCGAUGGCAUCAUGAUCCUCCUGCUUGUGGCCUUGAUAGUUUUACCAGCUGCCAGUGUGGAAGAUAAAGCAACGGUGAAUGACUUUGAGUGUGUGUGCGAGGGGCAGUCAUGCGGCAGCGACGGCCGCUGCUUUGGCCAGCAGUGCUUCUCGUCGGUCUCCAUCCGGAACGGGACGGGCCUGCGACAGAAGGGGUGCAUUGUGAGUGUGGAGGAAGAGGCAGUACAGUGCGGAAGCUCCCUGCUGGAGUCUGGCGUCAUGGUGCAGUGCUGCCAGGGAACACUGUGCAACAGCAACCUUACUGUAGAGAUGCCAAGCUCAGACUCCAGACAGCAGGUGUGUGUGUGUGACGGAGUGGAGUGUGCGGGUGGAGGGCGGUGUGUAGGAGAGCAGUGUUUCUCCUCCGUCACAGUCACCAACGGAAACCAGCAGCACCGUAAAGGCUGUUUCUCUGCCUCUCAGGGGCAGAGGGGCGGGGCUAACUGUGACACACCCACCUCACCUGAUAGUAUCGUUAACUGUUGCACAGGCCACCUGUGUAACGCCAACAUUACAGUGGAUCCCCCAGCUAGAGACGCGGACGCGAAACUGCUUCCAAAAGAGCACGAAUGUGUGUGUGAGGGCCGGUCUUGCGUGACGGGCCAGCGGUGUACGGGACAGCAGUGUUUCUCGUCUCUGACCGUGAGUGACGGCGUGCUGGUCCAUCAGAAGGGCUGCUUCACUGUGUACGAGCAGGGUCGCAUGACCUGCAAAACCCCACCCUCACCUGACCAGAUUGUCGAGUGCUGCCAGUCUCACCUGUGUAAUAUGAACCUCAGCGUGGCUCUGCCUGUCCGAGUGGUAGAGGGUCCUAACUAUAGUGUAACCACGUUGGUCAUCGUAAUCGUGGCUCCAGUGAUUGUCCUCAUUAUCCUGUCUACGGUGGCCAUCUUGAUCUUCCGUCGAAUCCAUCGGAACCAGAUGGAGCGGCUGACGGCACGCGACGCCGAGUACGGAACCAUCGACGGACUUAUUGCAUCCAACGUUGGAGAAAGCACACUCGCGGAUCUGUUGGAUCACUCAUGCACAUCAGGCAGCGGUUCAGGACUACCGUUCCUGGUACAGAGAACAGUCGCCAGACAGAUUACACUGAACGAGUGUGUGGGGAAAGGGCGCUAUGGAGAGGUGUGGAGAGGUCAGUGGCAGGGUGAGAACGUAGCUGUGAAAAUAUUCUCCUCCCGAGACGAGAAGUCCUGGUUCCGUGAGACUGAGAUCUACAACACGGUUCUGCUGAGGCAUGAGAACAUUCUGGGCUUUAUUGCAUCCGACAUGACGUCUCGUAACUCUAGCACUCAGCUGUGGCUGAUCACACAUUAUCACGAGAUGGGUUCCCUGUAUGAUUAUCUGCAGCUCAGCACGCUGGAUGCCCCGGCCUGCCUGAGGAUGGCGCUGUCCAUCGCCAGCGGCCUGGCGCACCUGCACGUAGAGAUCUUCGGCACACAGGGAAAGCCAGCCAUAGCUCACAGAGACCUGAAAAGCAAGAAUAUCUUGGUGAAUAAGAACGGCCAGUGUUGCAUCGCUGACCUCGGCCUGGCUGUGAUGCAUUACCAGGACACUAAUGAGCUGGAUGUCGGGAAUAACCCUAAAGUAGGCACCAAACGGUACAUGGCACCCGAGGUGCUUGAUGAUUCCAUACAAGUGGACUGCUUCGAGUCAUACAAACGAGUGGACAUCUGGGCUUUCGGCCUUGUGCUGUGGGAGAUCGCCAGACGCACCAUCAGCAACGGUAUUGUAGAAGACUACAAACCUCCCUUCCAUGAUGUAGUGCCUAGUGACCCCAGCUUCGAGGACAUGAAAAAGGUGGUGUGUAUAGACCAGCAAAGACCCAACAUCCCUAACAGAUGGUUCUCAGAUUCUACUUUAACAUCCAUCGCCAAACUCAUGAAAGAGUGCUGGUACCAGAACCCCUCGGCGAGGCUCACGGCUUUGCGCAUUAAAAAGACUUUGACAAAAAUCGAUAACUCUUUGGACAAAAUUAAAGCGGACAUUUGAACUCUUUUCAUAUGGAAGAUCCUCAAAGGCCUUUAUAAUGUCCAGUGUUUGACUCGUCCGGGGAUCCAGGAAAAACAAUCAAACAAACAAAAAAGGGACCGCGCGGGCACAGUGCUCUCUUAGAGGCACAAUGUAUUUAUUUUAAAACAUACAUUUGGACAUGUUUUGGCAUCCAAAGAUGGCACAGAGGGCAUUUAUUAAAGACUGCAGAUAUGUGACCUAGCUGUCACAGAGACUGUCACUGUAGCAAGACCUGGAAAGAAGAAAGUCGCUUUAGAGCUCCAGUUUACUUCUAAUGCAGCUUUGAUUUUUUAGAACUGUCUGGAAACGACGUCUUUCGUUCAGCAAUAUUGUCCGUGCUUCUUUUUGAUUAAUUGCACUGGCAGUCGCUGGCAUUCCUUACUUGCACUGUUACGGAAGAAUUUGGAGGCGAAAAGACGACAAUUUGCCAAAAAAAAGGCUGAAUUUUAUAUUCCACUAGCAUCGUAUCCUUAUCCAUUAUCAACCACAGAGAUAACGCAAGCAACUUUUAGUUUUAUGUUACAGUCUUUUUUGUUGUUUUCUUGUGCACUGCCGUUUACAGUAUAAUGAUAAAAAAAGAGCAUCUCUGCCUUCAUUCAUGUCACUCGAGCUGUAAUUUAUUCAACUUUACGUUUUUGAACAGUACAAUAGCCACUGUUAUGCCUGAAAUGUUUCAUGUGUCACAGAUUUUUUUUGUAUUAUUGAGCAUUUAGAUAUUUCCCUUUUGUUUGUUUCAUAAGCUUUAACAGUAUAGAUGCUAAAUAAAGUAAAUAAAAAAGAUUCUUAACUCAAAAACAUUAGGCAAUGCCUGUAAACUGUUUAUAAAUGAAUAUGUGCACUGGCCACACAACUUGUUUAAAAAAAUGUUGGGUUAUUUUAUUUCCAAUUUAAAUAUAAUUUUACUGUAGUAAUUAAGACAAUAUAUAUUUCACCCUAAAAUUAUAUUUAUGAUGUAAUAAUUAGCAGAUUUCAUCAUAAAACCGAUUACUUGAA